CAGCACGUCGCUAUAGGUAAACAACAGGGCUUACAAAGCUGAAGAUGCGUGAAAAAUGUCGAUUGUGUCUGGGCAGAAUAGGUUAUCGGAAAGAUAGUUCCAUAGUAGACGAAGCAUUCAGCCCCAUGCUUAGCAUUGUUUUCUCCUUUCCGCUUCCUCCAACUGAGCCCAAUUUGCCUACAACAGUUUGUGCACGUUGUGUGAUGAUGGUACGCGACUUUCACAACUACAGCACAUUGGUGCAGAAGAAUCAAGAUAUCCUAAGGCGCGAAUAUGUAAAUCUGGUGAAACCCGAUUUGGAAGACAUGAAGUACCGGACAAAAAUACCGUCACAGACUGAAUCGAUUGAGUACGGUGAAAAAAACGAAGAUGAGAAAGGACACGCAACGGAUAGCAUUAGUGAGGAGGAGCACCUAAUAGCAGAUGUCGGUGUAAUGUCGGAUGAUAAGAAUGACUCUCUGUCAGACGACGACUUGGGAAGCGCUUCACUGAAUGUUGUUUUGCAGGACAAUCAUGAUCGCAAUGAUCCAACCAAAUGCGUCAAUACUGAACUACCGUUUAAGAGCCAUUUGCAUGAAAAUGAUCGUAUAAUUCAGGAGUUCAUCACGAUGCGCUGUGAGCUGUGUCCGGCCAGGACCGAGCAACAUUUCGAUCGAUUUAAUGCGCUACAGAUGCACUACCGCAAGCAUCACCAAUGUCGUGGCUAUCUGCGCUGCUGUGGGAAGCAAUUCUAUCGCCGAUUUCGCGUAAUGGAACACAUUGCAUCGCAUCGCGGAAUGAUUCAUUGCGAACUGUGCAGCAAAACGUUUACCAGCAAAAGCUACCUGAUACGGCACACUGCUGAGCAGCAUCUGGCCGCGCAGAAAAGUAAAUCUUAUGCCUGCGAACACUGUGAUCGUACAUUCCACACGAAAAAGCGACGGGACGUGCAUCGUACUGUCCACGAUAGAACCAUGUGCCAGAUAUGUGACAAAUCGGUCAGGAUUCGGUACCUGAAGCAACAUAUAGCCCAAAUACACGACACGCCACGCAAGUGCUACAUGUGUGACUUGUGUGGGAAGAAUUUUACCAGCAGCUUGUCGCUGGAUCGGCACAUCAAGCAGCAUCAGGGCAUACAGACGAUCGAGACGCUACAGUGUAAGCACUGCGACAAGCAGCUACGCGGAAAGUACAACAUGCUGAAGCACAUCCAGCGCAUGCAUCAGGAGGUGGGCAACGUAUACACCUGCGACGAAUGUGCACACGAGAGCCCCAACAGUUUUGCCCUGAAGGAGCACAAGAAACGGGUCCACUCGGGCGAGCAGUUUGAGUGCGAACAGUGUGGUAAGCGGUUUAAGCGUAAAGUUUAUCUGACGGAACACAUUGCUGCCCUGCACACGAGGAUACCGCUGUACAUGUGCGAGUUUUGUGAGGCAACGUUCAAUUCGAAGGCCAACUACUACAGCCAUCGAAAGAUACGGCACGCGGAAGAAUGGGAUUGUUUGCAGGAAGAGAAAAACGCACAAGAGUUGAAAGGAUAAAGGUUUAUGCUUUAAUUAGCUAGUUGGAUUAUUUAUUGUGCUUUAUUUUUUAACCGAAAAUCGUUUUUUACUGAAAUACAUCCUUAAGAAGCUUGCCAUGAAGUAGGGGCAGGCAUAUUCCAUGUAGAGAAACCAAACCCUCACCUAAACAAGAAUCUCUUGCUUAAGAUUAAGUUUAAUAUUAGUAAAUGAAAAAGAAAGCACAUAAAAAAACUUUCUGAUGCUUUCGGUCAAAUUCCAUUUAUGUCGAAAAGCUAACAGAGUAGUUCACAUUUCUACUUCACUUCUUUCCUAUAUUAAAACGAUCUGGUAGUAUG